UCGUAGAAAUCAUUCUUAUAAGUAUUUGGAUAAGCCGACCACUAUUGAAACCUCUAUGUUUUGUAUCUCUCUAUAGCCAAACAAAUAUGACAUCCAUGAUUCAUUAUUUGUCAAUGUCCAAUUUGUUUUUUUUUAGUAACAACGUACAUAUAUUUGUAAUAAUAAAAUAGAAUAAGAUUUAAAUAAUUCAUUUAUUCUUCAACUACAAUAGGUAAAUAGUUUAAGUUAAAAUAAAUAAAACAUUUCACAUCGCUUUAUUUCAACGUCGUCGUGAGUAAUUUGUUUAUAUUAAUAUUAUUACCACUAAACAAUAAAAAAAAAUCAUUUUCUACAUUAAAAGUAAUUUAGUUGAAAGCAAAGUUAUAAUAUGAUUUAUUAAUUUAGAUCGUAAUUUAUUUGUAUAACUUCUAAAUAUGAAAAAUCUGUCAUUUAUCUUGUGAAAGUUUUUAUUAACAAUAUAUUCAUUAUUUCGUGAAGGCAUUAAAUGAUUUACUAAGUCUAUUUGAUCAAAUACAAUUUUUGUAUUAAUCUAAAAAUUUUUUAUAUGAUAUUUUCUAAACAAAACUAGUAUUACCAAUUUUAUAGGGGAUACGACUAUUAAAAAUUUGGUCAUAAAAUGGAAGAUUGCCUUGAAGAUUGUGAAGAAAUUUUUUCCCAAGAUGGAGUAUUACUUAAACAAGCACCAGCAACACACAUAACAUUUGUAAAUACAAUAGGAACUUUAUAUUUAUCACAAUCUUUAAAUUCUAAUAACAAGAGAUUCGUUGAAUGGAAACCAAACGAUAUUACAGUUGAUUCUGAUAUUCAAGAUCAAGAAUGGGCAGUUGUGAAUACAAUUCAAAAGAGAACUAGAACUUUAAGUGGUAAUUACCCCGCAGAUUAUCAGAACAGAAUCAAAUGUAUCAAAUUCAGUUUUGAAGAAAUCAAGAGCUUCAGAGUUGCCAGUAAAAACCGUCAAAUUUCAUUUUACGACGGAAAAGCGGAUUGUUUGUAUAUAUUUGGAUUUCAACAUGGGAAUUGUGAGAUGCUCCUGUCGAUUUUGAAAAGGAUGUUAAAAAUUAGUGUAUCAAAACGGGAUAAACAUCUGUAUAUAGUUUACGACGCUAAUUUCGAGUUUCAACAGUUGGAUAGGUCGUUUGCAGAACUCAACAUCCAACAUGAUUCGAGGACUUUAUGGAGUGUUUUUAAAAAUUUGAAAGAUCAUCCUUAUGAAGCUACUUUUGAGGCUUUUGCAAAGGUCACAGAUUAUGUUUACAGAAGCCCGGAACAAAGAGAAAUUGAUGAUAAUGUUAAAGAAGACUUGAACAGGAGUUUAUCGGAAUAUGAAAACACUAUGACACAUUCACAGGGUGAUUAUGAAGUAGUAGCGAAAAUACCGGACAGAAAAGAUUUUCCUAGAUGCGAUCCUCUUUCCGUUGAGCAAUGGAGGAGUCAUAUGAAUUCAGAAGGAAUAAUUGAAGACGUAGAUAGUGUCAAAAAUCUUAUAUUUCGAGGGGGGGUUGUACCCUGUCUACGAUCGGAAGUGUGGAAGUUCCUCCUAGAUUACUACCCUUGGUCUAGUACUGAAACCGAAAGACAAAAAAUAUUGGCUAUUAAAAGCGACGAAUAUUACAACAUGAAAUUGCAAUGGAAACGAAUGUCAAAAGUUCAAGAGGAAAAUUUUUCCGAUUACAGAGAAAGGAAAAGCUUGAUAGAAAAAGAUGUCAAUAGAACAGACAGAAAUUUAGUUUAUUUCGCCGGAGAAGACAAUCCAAAUUUGCAAACUUUAAACGAUAUACUCAUGACCUACAUAAUGUACAACUUCGAUUUAGGUUACGUACAAGGGAUGAGCGAUUUAUUGAGUCCGAUACUGAUGCUGCUAGAUAACGAAGUCGAUUCCUUUUGGUGUUUUGUAGGAUUCAUGAACAAAGUGAGUCGAAAUUUCGAUAUCGAUCAAGCUGGAAUGAAGGAUCAGCUCAACAAUCUGCAUACACUCCUCGCUUUCGUCAAUCCUCAAUUAGCCAAUUAUUUAGAUACUCACGAUUCGGGUAACAUGUUUUUCUGCUUCAGAUGGUUACUAGUUUGGUUCAAACGUGAACUUAGUUUGGAGGACGUGAUGAGAUUUUGGGAGGUUCUGUGGACAGGUUAUCCCUGCGAGAAUUUCCAUUUGCUUGUCGGUGUAGCUAUUUUGGAAACGGAAGCGCAAAAUAUUUUCCAAAAUAAUUAUGGAUUUACUGAGAUAUUAAAACACAUAAACGAUUUAAAUGGAAAUCUAGAUAUGGCGACUAUGCUCAACAAAGCCGAAGGUAUAUAUUACCAGAUCAAAGAAUCCGACCAUCUCACCGACAACAUUCGAAUCAUUCUUGGACUUCCUCUGCUCCACAGCCAGACUUCUUAUAGCAGCCACGAGCAAUCGCCAUUCGAAGACAGCGUCAUUUCAAAUAAUGCAUCCCAACCUCGAUGUUCAUUGGAUAACAUCAGAAUCAGCCCCGAUGAAGUUGCUUACGAAAGAUCAAUAAAUUCGAGCUUUUUAUAGUACCGAUAAAUGAAGACGAAAAACGAAUUUUGUUAAUUGCACGUGCGAAGAUUUAUUUUUUUAUUGGUUAAAUGUAUUUAAAGAAAAUGUCUAGUCGUGGCAGUUUUCUUUUUGUUUUUUUUUUCCUUUUGGUUAGUGUUUAUUAUCUCGCAAAUGUGGUUUAACCAAAUAUUUAAUUGGUUCGGGUUUUAUAUAUCAUUAAAAUUAUAUUGAGAGAUUUUUACAAGAAGUACAACAGGUGUUAGAGAUCAUGGCAUGUGGCCAUUAAGUUGUCCAGACUUGAAUCCCAUAGAAAUAUUACUGGAGAAUCUUAAAAAAUGUGUGGAAAUGUUCUUUUACAUCUCAGGAAGAUUUGUGUAGAGAAUUGUAAAACGAAUGGCGGAGAAUAUGAUUACGAGAUCAUUAGAAAAAGAAGAGGGAAAACUUUUGACAAUCCUAAUAUCUCAAAAUUUUCACCUAAUAACAAAAUAAUAGAAUAAUUGAAAGAGAAAACUACGAAAGAAAAAACAUAAUCAAUAUACUAUUGGAAAAAGUUUUUUUACAAUGAAACAGAAGAAUAAGAACAUGACAAGGUCUCCACAGUUUCCAGAUUUCAAUACAAUAGAAAUCUUUCGAAAUAAUCUGUGAAAAGUAUUGUACUACAUCCCAAGAAGGCUUGUAAAGAAAACUUUAAAACGAAUGGCAAAAUAUAAUAAAGAAAACAUUCGACAAAACAUUUUUUUCAAAAAAAAAAAGAACAGGUGUUUUUAACCAUGACAAGUUUCUGUUUCAUACGUGAAGUUUUUACGAACUGAUUUGUUUUCAUUGUCCAAAUUUGAAAGGGUUAAGAGGGCAAAAAAAAUUGGCGCUUACCUCCAUGAUAGUAGAUACCAGCUUCUUCUUCGAGUUUCUGUUUUUCCAAAUUUGUGGCUGAAUGCCAAAUUUAAUUUUUUAUGGACAAAAAAGCCCAGCUCGUAAUUCUCGUUUUAUUAUUAGGCUCCGUCCCGUGGAGAGUGAACCACCCUGUAUAAUCGAUUUGAUAAUUUUUUGUUGAAAGAUUUUAAUACUGAUUAGUGUUAUGAGCUGAUAGGUGAUUGAUAUUCACUUUAUUGUAUCGCACAUUUUUUAAUAAAAAAAACUUUUUUCAAAUUUUACGGCAUAUCCUAAUACACCAAUUAUUAAUUUUUUUCCCUCCUAUUCAAUUACUUUAUAGAAUUUUUAUUAAUAAUCAUGAAAACCAUCAAAUUAAAUAAUUAAUUAUAAUCAAUAUUUUUUAAUAAACUAUUUGUUAAAGUUUGUAAUAUCAAAUAUAUAUAAAUAAAUAUCCCCAUU